AUGCUAGACUUCAUCAAACGGGCCUUCCGUAAGACCCCGGCAAAGCUAUACGGACUCGACCAUGCCGUCCUCAACAUCCAGCUCCCGCCACAGUCAAUGUGGAUGAACGUUGGAUAUUGGGAGCACACAAACAACUUCCCAGAAGCAUGUGAAGCGCUCCUAGAGCAAGUUGUGACAACAGCUCUAUCAACGGAGAAAGCACCCUCUGUCCGAAUCCUAGAUGUCGGAUGUGGCUGUGGCGAUCAAUCAUUAUACCUGCAAAAAACCCUAAGAGCUUCGUCUCCUACCUCAAGAGACCCUGGAAACACCUCAGAUCCACAGGUUUCAAAGCAAAGGCUGCGUUUUCGGCAUUCAGCAACCGAGGCUGGAUCAUCGUCUCUGCUGAAACUGGAAUCCUAUAUCGGAAUCACACUGGAACCAAUCCAAGCAGCAUUUGGCUCCCGCCGUCUGAAAGAAAUGCAGCGCGGAAGUUCAGAUCCUCAGAUCCCAGCAAAGAUCUUCUGCGCUGACGCAGGAAAUCCAAGCAGCUGGACCGGUGAAUUGAAAGAAUCAAUCACAACCCUCGAAACAUCUUCAACAGGACCAAAGGAAGAACCCAACCCCUCAACAUGGCUCCUAGCCCUAGACACAAUGUACCACUUCCGACCAACACGUCUCCCCCUUCUUAGCUACGCCCAAAAGAACCUUCAAGCAAACCUUAUGGCCUUCGACCUAGUCAUGUCCGAUGAUAUCCCCUGGCAUCAGAAACUGCUGUUACGGGUCUUGUGCUGGCUGACGAAUACGCCGUUUGCAAAUCUCGUUUCGAGGAGUGAGUAUGUGGAUAUGCUUGUUUCGGCUGGAUAUGACCGUGCGCAGAUUGAGAUUCGGGAUGUGACGAAGUUCUGUUUUCGGGGGUUGGCUGAUUUCAUUGAUAGGCAGGUAGAGGAGGGCGUACCAUAUGGGUUGAAGAUGGGGAAGUUUCGGGUUGCUAGGAGGAUGUUUGCUUGGUGGGCUAGGGGGGAUAUUGUUCGGGGGGUUAUUGUUGUUGCUAGGGGGAAGAAGGAGGAAUAA